ACAAAAAACAAAAAAUUUUGAAAAGCACCUUCGUUUGCAUAAAUUAUCAUAAGCACCUUCCAUAUGGCUUGAAGAUACCAUAAAGAGAAUUCAUAAAAAAAAUAAAAUAAAAAUAUCAUAGAGAAACAUCGACAAUGGCAGCAGCUUUGCUACUGUUUCUGCUUUCAUAUAUUUUGCAGCUUCAAUUGGAGAUUCUUGGAUUGGCCACUUCGUCUAAUCAUGAUUUUAGUUACAUGAAAUCUGUAUAUAAUGCAACUGAUCUACCAUUAGAAGACGUAUACGACUAUAUAAUAGUAGGAGGAGGCACAGCAGGUUGUCCAUUAGCUGCAACUUUAUCAAGAAAAUACUCUGUUCUCGUCGUUGAAAGAGGAAGUGCCCCUGUUUCAUACCCACAGGUCCUGAGUGCAGGAGGCUCAGGAGCUAAUCUCUUGCAGGAAGACGACGGAAAAACCCCUGCUCAGAGGUUCGUUUCAGAAGAUGGAGUCCCAAAUGUAAGAGGAAGGAUCCUGGGUGGUAGCAGCAUGAUCAAUGGGGGAUUUUUCUCCAGAGCUCAUGACCAAUUCUACAAUCAAUCAGGCAUUGAUUGGGAAAUGGAUGUGGUCGAGAAAGCAUAUAAGUGGGUUGAAGACACUAUUGUGUUCUGCUCCAAUUUGUCUUCUUUUCAAUCUAUUUUUAGAAAAGCUUUGCUUCAAGCUGGAGUUGGUCCUGACAAUGGAUUCACUCUGCAACAUUUGGUGGGAACCAAAUCUUCCGGUUCAACCUUCGAUGAUCUGGGAAGGAGACAUGGAGCCAUGGAGCUCCUCAACAGAGGAGUACUCAAGAAUCUGAGAGUUGCGGUUGAGGCCUAUGUGGAAAAAAUCAUCUUCAGCUCUUCCAAUAAUGCAUCACGUAAGUAGUUAGUACAACAUUAUUUGACGUGUGUCUCUCUCUGUUUUUCCAUUA